CUGCAGCAGCAGAGUUCAGCUCUACCUUUUUUCUCAUCUGACAACUUUGGCAGCACGGCGACAGAAACUCUGAUUAGGACCGGCGUAUCGCUCUCUCAGCUUUUUGACCGGCGGGAUCUCUGAAAGACCACUGAAGAAGAAGAAGAUGUUGAGGCGACGGCCCUCCAACGCCUCGGAAAAGGAGCAGGUGCAGAAGAAGAAGCUCACUCUGCAGAGGUCCAGCAGCUUCAAGGACUUUAUGAAGCACAAACCCACCUCUCCUGUUGUGUCAGAGAAGGAGUUUAACCUGGAGGAGAAUGUGGCAGAAGGCGUAACAGCAGAGGAAGCAGUGAAAAGUGGCAGCAAACUGGGAAAGAAAUGGCGCAACGUCAUCUCUCGUACCAUGACCCGAAAAACAUCCAAGAUGGUGCAGAAGGCUCUGGCUGAAGAGGGGGGUGAGAGUGGCGAGGAGCUGUCUCCGGUCUAUUCUGAUUUCCUUCCAGAUCUGACGGCAGGACAGAGGACGUCUGUGUGCUCCACGGGGUCGGAGGACACGGCGCCGAGCCCCAUCAGCCGCCAACUCUCAGGCAGCAGCGACAGACAGAGUCUGGACAGCGGCUACUGCCAGAGGGACAGCAUGAGGCUGGAGGAGAACGGCGUCUCCUACAACGGACCGUUCUGUGGUCGAGCUCUGGUCCACACUGACUUCACUCCCAGCCCCUACGACGUCGAGUCGCUCAAACUCCAAAAAGGUGACAUCAUCCACAUCAUCGAGAAGCCUCCUGUGGGGACCUGGACAGGGAAGCUCAACAACAAAGUUGGCUCCUUUAAGUUUAUCUACGUCAACCUGCUGCCUGAUGAGAGCCCCCCAGUCAGGAGGAGACGCUGCAACAGCAAGAACCGAUCCAAAUCCAAACCCAAAACCCUGGAGGAGGUCCUGGACAGCAUCGGCCUCACUGAGCUGAGUUCUCUGCUGUCCAUGCACGGUUUCCAGAGCCUGGAGGACUUUGCAGGACUGAAGGAGUCUCACCUCAACGAGCUGAACAUCACAGACCCGGACGAGCGCUCCAAGAUCCUCAACGCUUCUGAGCUGCUCAGAGACUCUGAAGACGAGUCUGAGCCAGAAGAGGAGGACAAACCUGGGGAGAAUGCCAAGGAGCCGAGGGACUCUGGCUGCUUCGAGAGCUCCGAGAACCUGGAGAGUGGACGCGAGGAGCCGAAGACGGAGGAGGAGCUGCAGAACGGAGCCUCGGAGGAGCAGACAGACCAGGAGGAGUCAGAGAAACAGGAGCAGCCCACAGAGCAGCUGGACGCUCUGCAGGAGGAGCUGCAGGAGCUCACGGUGGACGAGGGAUCUUGAGAAGAGACAGAUUUUUUUUUUGUUUUAUUCCUGAUUCUCAGGGACUCUGUGGACAGAGGUGUUUGAUGCCAUUAAACAAAGUCUCUUCAUUAUCAGAGUGGACUGUUCAAAUACUGUACGAACAUUAUCGUCUCCGGUUUUACAAAGUGCACUGCAAAACGAGCAGCUUUAUGAGAAUGCCGUUUAAAUAAAUUUGUUGUGAGUGUUUGUAUUUGUGAGUAUUUUAAUGUGAGGUGUCUGUUAAUGAUACAAACAAAGCAUUUAAACUUGUUCUUUCUCUUCGUUAUGACGUCUUAAAUGCGUCACGUCUCAUACAAAUAUGAAUGUAAAAUAAUUUCAGAUGUUUUUCAUGUCACUUGAUUUUAACUGUUACUUUCAAACUUUCAGUACCUUUUAUUUGUGUCAGAUUUAUGUUGAAUGUUAUGAAGUGGUUUGUUGACAGUUGCUGUAAAUAUAACUUGAAUAAAGCAUAUUU